UUAACUACCGGAUUGCCACCACCACUAUAUGAAGUAUUUGUGAGAAGGGGGUUGAUUUUACAAAUAUGACAAAUGUAAGGGUACCAAAAAUAAACAACAAAAAAAAAACUGUACAUUGAAUUCGUUUACCGCUUUAUUAAUACACAUAGCAAAGGAUGAGAAAAAAUGGCAAAAAUAACCAAUAACAAACCACCAUUACUAGACUAGUAGACUAGACUAUACUACCGUAACCUUCUUCAGUCUUCCUACCAUAUUCAUCAAAAAUGCCGAGCCAUGUUUGCCCAUGUUUCUUUGGUAGCCGAGUCACUGACUCGGAUGACUCGGCAGAUAGAGACCCGGUUGUGCUGGUUUCCGGCAUGGGUGGGUCCAUAUUAAACUCAAAGUCCAAGAACAGUUUUUUCAAUUUCCAAACUCGGGUUUGGGUUCGGAUUUUCUUGGCUGAUUUGGAGUUUAAGCGCAAACUUUGGUCUAUCUAUAAUCCCAAUACUGGGUAUACUGAGGAAUUGGACAAAAAUUCUGAGAUUGUAGUGCCUGAUGAUGAUUAUGGAUUAUAUGCAAUUGACAUAUUGGAUCCUUCACUGUUUGUGAAAUGUAUCAACCUGACAGAUGUGUACCAUUUCCAUGAGAUGAUUAAUAUGCUUGUUGAUUGCGGAUAUAAGAAGGGCACCACAUUGUUUGGCUAUGGUUAUGAUUUCCGACAAAGCAAUAGGAUUGACAAAUUGAUGGAUGGUCUUAAAGCAAAGCUGGAGACUGCAUAUAAAGCUUCUGGAGGAAGACAAAUCAACUUAAUCUCACAUUCUAUGGGUGGAGUAUUGGUCAAGUGUUUUAUGGUUCUAUAUCCUGAUACAUUCUCCAAGUAUGUAAACAAGUGGAUUUGCAUAGCUUGCCCUUUCCAAGGUGCACCAGGAUAUAUCAAUGAUGCACUCUUAACUGGGGUGCAAUUCAUUGAAGGUUUUGAGAGUUAUUUUUUCGUGAAAAGAUGGACCAUGCACCAACUGGUAGUUGAGUGCCCGUCAGUCUAUGAGAUGUUGCCAAAUCCAAUAUUCAACUGGAAAGAGGUUCCUAAAAUUUGUGUUUGGCGUAAAGUUUCUUCGGAUAAAGAUGACUCCUCAACUGCAAAGCUUAUAUCAUAUGACCCACUGGAAAGCAUCAAUCUCUUUGAGGAAGCUUUGAGGGAUAAUGAGCUUAACUACAACGGGAAAAUGGUUUCUCUUCCCUUCAACCAUGCUAUUCUCAAAUGGGCUGCUGGCACUCGUGAACUCCUCAACAAAGCAAAAUUGCCAGGAGGAGUUAGCUUUUAUAACAUUUAUGGAACUUCAUUUGAGACCCCUUUUGAUGUUUGCUAUGGUUCAGAAACUUCUCCUGUCGACGACUUGUCGGAAAUAUGUCAUUCAUCGCCUGAAUAUUCAUUUGUGGAUGGCGAUGAAACUGUUCCAGCUGAAUCAGCACAGGCUGAUGGAUUUGAUGCUGUAGAAAGAGUUGGAGUUGCUGAAAACCAUCGAGGGCUUUUGCAGAAUGAUACAGUGUUUGAGCUCAUUCAGACAUGGUUGGGUGUAAGUAGCCCCAAGCAUACGAAAUCUUCGAGAACAGCCAAAGUCAUGGAUGCUGCUGUCUUAUGAUCUGUAUUAAAAAAAAAUAAAAAAUGUAAACUCUUGUAACUGCGUAACAUUUACUAGGAGGCAUAGUCAUAUACGAAAUUACGAAGUAUACAUGUUCUCUCAACCGUUUUAGGUGGCUAAUUUAAUUCAAAUAGGAAGUGAAUUACAUUGAUCCUCGGAAAAAUCUUGUAUAAGACGGUCUUAAUAAUACUUAUUGUGUUAAUAUGAUGACUUGUUACAUUUAAGGAGUAA